AGCGUGAAGUUUCUGCGCACCUGUUGGUGAUGUACAUGUUAGAUCACGAGUCUUUAGCGUUCGUUCCUCUUCACACUUUCGUCUUCUCCUUUCGUCUUUUUAUCACUUUUUAUCGUUUUUGGAGCCUUAUCGUUGUACACGGGUGUAUUUUGGAUUACAGUUAGUUUGUUUGUCCUCGUCUAGUGAAAAUAUGAACCAAGCUGACCUUCGGAGACUUUUUGCAGCAUGUGAUGGGAAUAAGUCGGGAAGAGUCGAAUACGAGGACUUCACCAGUGUUUGUCGAGAGCUUAAUGUGCCUGCGGACGAGAUCAGGACUUUAUUCAACAAGUUUGAUCUGGACGGGGACGGAUACAUUAAUUUCAGCGAUUUUUCGUCAAGCUUUCAGGAAGUUUCCGAAGCCCUCAAUUUGGCUUUGUUGGGAAAUAGUUUGCAAAUUCAGAGAAGCGCUUGGGUUGAGUUUGAAAACGCAUUAGACGGAGAUGUGGCCUUUUAUUUGGGAAGGCAGUGGGAUGAAUUGAGGGAGAUGUAUGAACAGAUCCACGCCACAUCAGAUGAGCUGUUACUGCAGCAAUAUGAGAACCUCAUCAAGGCUCUUGUGGUUGAGAGCAAAGAGCACGGGAUGGAGAGUGAACAACUCGAGACCAGUCUACGAAGGACAGAGGAACUGACCAGCAAUCAGUUAGCAGAGAUGGAGGAGGACUUGCAGCAGCAACUGGCCCGCACAGAAGAAAGGGUCAGGGAAGAGGAGCAAAAGAAAUUGGACGAAUCCAUUGCUAUGCUCCAAAUCAAGCAUGAGAAUGAACUGGCAGAUCUGAACACGACAAUAGAGAGGCUCACAAAGCAAUAUCAAGAGGAGUUGAAAUUAAACAGCCCCAGGGAAGAUGCCAUCAAAUUGAGAGCACAGAAUAGCGAUCUGAUGCAGGAGAAUGAGGAGCUGAGAAGUUCUCUUAUGAAAGCCCAGAUAAAUGUCUCCAUUCUCCAGGUUGAGUUGGACAGGUUGAAGAAUGCCUUCACUGACCAGAAACUCCAACACGAGAGAGAAAGCGAUGACCUUAAGAAGAUGGUGAUGGAGUACCAGUCUUAUUCCAACCAAAUAGAAUUCCUCCAGGAAAUGAACAAAACAUUGUAUGACAGCAAUGAUGGGUUACGCUCUGCACUGAGCCAGGAUAAUGCCUCUAUGAAAAGACGGCUGUCACCAAAAAAUGAAGUUCCUCCUAGGAAGAUGAAACCACUUCGACAGAGUACAAUGAAUCAGAGCGGUUUUACUAAUGAAGAGGACACGAUGGCCCUGGUGAAGUUCUGGGCUGAUAAGUAUUUGGAUAGUGGUGUGUCCAUUCAGACAGAAACUGAGCCGAUGUCAGGCAGCAAUUAUGACAGCGACGACAGCCAUAAUUCAGUGGAGACCGUGCAUCAUAGUUACUCUUCUAUUCCAUCUGAGCUGGAGGUGUCAGAGCAGAAGUCUGAAGCUUUGGGAUCUGUAGCUCGUAGCACAGUUGGCUCAAUAUCCUCCUCACUUCGGCGGCGGUUGUCUGCUUUUCCUGUCAAGCAAAUUGAAGACUUGCAUGACACUGAAGAUCUUGCUCCAGUGUACCGUCUGGUGUUGGCUGGGGAUGCCGGGUCGGGAAAAUCCAGCUUUUUACUACGAUUGAGUCUUAAUGAAUUUAGAGGAGAUAUACAAACAACUCUUGGUGUUGAUUUUCAAAUCAAGAAGAUGCUUGUAGAUGGAGAGAAAACAAACCUUCAGAUCUGGGACACUGCUGGACAGGAAAGGUUCCGCAGCAUCGCCAGGUCAUAUUUUCGCAAAGCACAUGGAGUGCUACUGUUGUACGAUGUCACAUCUGAGAGCAGUUUCCUGAAUGUUCGUGAAUGGGUGGAACAGAUUCGGGAGUCAACAGAUGAGGACAUCCCAAUGUGUAUAAUAGGGAACAAGGUAGAUUUGAGGGCAGAGAGGCCAGAGGGAAGCUGUGUGAGCGCGUUCCAUGGGGAAAAGCUUGCUAUGGCUUAUAAUGCACUGUUCUGUGAAGCAAGUGCUAAAGAGGGGACAAAUGUCAUCGAGGCAGUUUUACAUUUAGCAAGAGAAGUCAAGAAACAUGCAAAACUGGGGCGGAGGUCAGAGUCACAGGUUAAGCUGAGUUGUCCUAAACGGAAGAAGACGCUGAGCAACUGCUGUGGAGUUUAAGUCAUGCCGAGAUCUGGUUUAAAUUUUUUUUUAAAUGCUUUUUAAAAUUAAAAUCCUGUUCUUCGUUAGUGUUUUUUAUUUUGUUUUUUUUUUUCUCUCUCCGGGUAGUCACUUUUAAGCAGUUUUUAUAAAUUUCUGGAUGUUUCAUGUGUCCUUGGUGUUUUUAGGCACACUGAUCAAAUGUUUACUUUUACAUUUGCCUACAUAUGAUCAAAUUCACUUCAGGGUUCAGUGUUUAUUUAAAUUUACUUUUUAUUUAUGUCAUAAUUAAAUUACUAUUGUGUUGAAGGAUGUUCAUGUAAAUGUUUCUAACGAUGUGUUAAAUAAAAAUUAUGUGAUUUUUUUUUUUAAAGCCUAAA